UUAAUUGUUUUAAAAUAAUUACUUUUCUUUAACAAAAACUGUUAAAGUUUAAAUUUGAAUUUUUUUUUUACAUGUUUGUUUCAUAACAUGUAGCUUAUAUGAUUGGGUUUGGUUUUCAUUUCUCAUUGGGAAAAUAAUAAUUAGGCUGUGGGCCAAUGUUAUUGACAUGUUGAUCGAUUCCCGCCAUCAGUGACGCACUCCUCCCGGAUCGAUGCGUCACUCAUGGGACAGAUGCGCUGUUAUUUGCGGCCGGCUUCACUUUGGCAGCAUGAAUUUUUCUUUCCCUGCUCCUCCCGCCCUCAUCAAACAGUCAUGCGUUACCGGGGAGGGAGGGAGGGAGAUGGAGAGGUGCCGCCGGGCGGGCGGGCCGGUGCGCAGGAGGCGCAGGCGGGCAUUCUGGCCGCAAAGCGCGGCGGUCCACACUCCAAGCGUGCGCUGCGCGGGAUCACGAGUGUCCGUCGAGACUUUUUCAGACGCUUAAGAAUCCGGGGGAGCGAGAUGCGUGACCGCUUUUCUGUCCUGAAUGCCCGGUCUGCGGCGUGGACGGCACCGUGACGACACCGGCGCUGUCCAUGGUACCGAUUGGUCGCGUGCGCCCUGCUCUCUCGUCAUCCAACCUUUGAUCUUGAUUGACAGUUAGCGAAUUAUUAAUAAUAAUUGAAAAAAAGAUGAAGUGGAUUUAGAUCACCUUUGCAGCUCACCUUGGACUCCAAAGGAACUUCUUAGACGUGCAUUGAAUCUUAUUUUUUCAUUUUGAAAGAGGACUAAACGGGCUGAUGGAUCGCCUGGCCAACAAGGAAGUCAGCACGGAUCCUUUUGGUCCAAAUGUCAAGGCCAGAUCCUGUGAGGGCGGUCCAGAGUCUCCUCCCCAGCAGGAAGUGGAGGAGACUGUUCUCAUCAGUCUGUCUGAGGCACUCAAGAUACAGUCUGAACUGAGCCCCAAACAGCCACUUAAAACGGAGCAGCUAAAGUCUGGGUCCACUCCACUGGCCAGCAUCAGCCGACCCAGACCAGCUGCUCUAAGAACUAAAUCUUCUCCAAGGCCGAACAGAAUCUCGUCAGAGUCUUCCAAGGGAGUGGAUUUGAUUCCCGCUGGUAUCCCUGGACCUCAGAAUUCCUGUGUCCUGCCACAUUCAAAGUCAGAGUCGGCAUUCCCCGUUUGCAGCAUUCAAGGUCCUCAAAGCCCUUACCUGAACCCCAACAGCAGCCUGCCCGUGUCCAGGCCCAGCCCAAACCUGCCCCUCAGCCUCAGCUCCAACUCCAGCCUCAGCCCUCAGCCCCAGAGAACCCCAUCACCAGGAAGCUGCAGCCCAGCUCAGUCUGAGGAGAACAAAGACUUCAGGGUGUACAUCGUCACAUGGAACGUGGGAUCAGCUGUCCCUCCAGAUGACAUCACGCCCAUGUUCGGACCAAAUGUUUCAGAUGGGAACAUCGACAUGUUCAUCAUCGGACUCCAGGAGGUCAACUCCAUGAUUAACAAGAGGCUGAAGGAUGCUCUUUUUUCCGACCAGUGGAGUGAGCUUUGCAUGGACACUCUCAGUCCGUUUGGAUAUGUUUUGGUGGCAUCCCAGCGAAUGCAGGGAGUGCUGCUGAUGGUUUUUUCCAAGUUCUGCCAUCUUCCCUUCCUCAGAGGUGUGCAGACACAGAGCACUCGCACAGGACUCGGGGGUUACUGGGGUAAUAAAGGAGGUGUAAGCGCGAGGAUGACGGUGUUUGGACACCCGGUGUGCUUUCUGAACUGUCACCUGCCGGCUCACAUGAGGAAUCUGGAGCAGAGGGUGGAGGACUUUGAAAGCAUCCUGCAGCAGCAGCAGUUUGAGGGCGGGACGGCGCCGGGAGUACUGGACCAUGAUGUGGUAUUCUGGUUUGGAGAUUUAAACUUCCGGAUUGAGGACUACGACAUCCACGUGGUGAAAUGUGCCAUUGACAGCAACAAGCUACCUCUGCUCUGGGAGAGAGAUCAGCUCAACAUGGCAAAAAACACAGAGUCCAUCCUGGAUGGUUUUAUGGAAGGACCCCUCAACUUCCCACCAACAUAUAAGUUUGACGUGGGCACUCACACCUAUGACACCAGCGCAAAGAAGAGAAAACCUGCCUGGACAGACCGCAUCCUCUGGCGCCUUCGUCGCACCGGUUCCCCAGUUCCUACCCACAAUGCCUCACUGCAACGCGGUCUGACUUCAUGGUUGGGUGGGGCAACUAAAGUGACACAACACAUGUACCGAAGUCACAUGGGCUUCACCAUCAGUGACCACAAGCCCGUUUCUGCAUUGUUUUCACUGCAUUUUCCAUUCAGGGUGGAUAAGCCUCUGGUGGAGCUGCAGGUCAGCAGAGAGUGGAGCAAAGUGUCAGACGCCGUGGUCAGAUUCACCAUUGCAUCAACGUACCAGCGCAGCUCAUGGGACUGGAUAGCCAUUUACAAGGUUGGAUUCAAGCACUACAAGGACUACCAGGCGUAUGUGUGGGCCAAAGGGGAGACAGCAACACAGGUGACAUUUCCAGAGGAAGAUUUGCCAAGAGAUGACUGUGAAUACAUCCUGGGUUACCACAGCAAUAAUAUGAACAGCAUUGUUGGACUGUCAUCAAUAAUUAAGAUCAAAAUGCCGGCUCACAGCCCCACCGUCUUCCGCUCUGACACCUCUGAGGAGAGUUCGGAAGACGACAGCACUCUGGUUCUGCUGGCUCCAAACUCCCGCAGUCCGAGCCCUAAAACGGGCAAACGCCACCACCGUCACCGUCGUAGUCACAGUCCUGCCGUCCCAGCUCUCUCCUCAAACCCCCUCCCCUCCCUGCAAGGCCUUGGCCUCAGUCAUCGCACGAAGGAGAGCCACACACAAGGCCGCUCACCCUGCUCUGCUUCUAAAAAGGAACGACUUGUCUCCCCUGACGUGGGCCCGUCUCCCAUCAGCCCCCUCAGUCCUCGAAGCCCAGUGUCUCCAGGUUGUGGAGUGACGGCCCCAGAGGCCCUGAUCGUAGCGAUCCUUGGUGAAAACAGUCCGGCUCAUAUAAGCCCGACAGGUGUGAAGCACCUGCGAACACCUGAAGAAACUGUUACAGUAAAGAAAAUCAACACAAAGAGUUGAAAUGAAUUCAAAUAGGAUUGUCUGACCCACCUCUGUCUCUGUGUUCACAACCAAUAAUGAGUGUAUCUGUAACUUGUCCCAUUUUGUAACCCUGAAGUCAGCUGUUUUUGAGGAUAUUUUCAUGCUCUACUCUAAUAUAUGUAUGGAAUCAAACAUGUGAUCAGACUUUUGAAGUGCUUUCAUGGAGACUCAGCAGUGCAGUGUAUCAUAUGCAAACACAGAUGUUGGAAGUGGAAUCAGAGUCUGAGGAGAGCACUGAUGAGUGCAGCCAGUCACUAUUGACAACCGUCUGGAUUCAUUUUAACAGUCUCGUCUCAAAGCGAGGACCCUGGACCACACGUAUUGAUGAUAUCAUAGUUCACCGAGUGUGAGCGUAUGUCUUUGUGUGUGGGUUUUGUUGUAAGUCUGUCUAUUAAAACAAGAAUUCAAUAUUUA